CGCAUCCGCAGCCACAUGAAGAUGGUGAUCGACCAGCUGGACGGAAUUCUCAAAGAGCUCAAGGAUGUGGCCAAGGAACUCCGGGAGGUGGUGGGUCAGAUCGAUAAAUUAACGUCAGACUUUGACUUUGACCUGGAGCAAGAUGACUGGACGGUGGCCACAGCCAGCAGCACGUCAAGCAGUGAGCGGGGUUUGGGAGAAGCCUUCAGGCUGGACUUCCUCAAUUCUGAUAUGCUUUCUGAUAGCUGGGAGUUCUGCAGCUAUCUGGAGGCUGCUGGCGCCUCCGCUCGCAGACCUGGUGAGCAACCAGGCUACUCCCAGAUGAAUGGCGGGCUGCCCAUCCCAAACGGGCCCCGCAUUAUUACUCCAGAUUCAUCCAGCGAAGAGGCCAGCAGCUCCACGCACAGCCACAAGACUUCCCGUACCUCCGGCACAAGGGAGAGGGUCCGCUUCAGUGACAAAAUUCUGUACCACGCAUUGUGCUGUGACGACGAUGAGGAGGAGGAGGAGCAAGAGGAGUUACAGGAUGACAAGAGUGGCUUCACCCCCAAACGUUCUUCCUCUGAGCACUCACUCCUCCAUAACUGUCUGGACCCUUCCUAUGUCUCCUCGCCAGUGAAGGGGAUGACAGGAGCUCACACACUACCCAGGAAAGGUCUCUUAAACCCCGGCUGCCGCAAAAAACUGUUACGAAAUAGCAGCACACAAACUGUCUCUGACAAGAGCACCCAAACUGUACUGCCCUAUAUUCCAACCAAACAGAAAACAAAGGACCACUGAG